AUGGAAAAUUUCGAGUUGGUGUUCAUCCCCUCUCCCGGGCUGAGCCACCUCGUCUCCACCGUCGAGGCCGCCAAGCUCCUCCUCGACCGGGACCCACGACUCUCCGUCACCAUCCUCGUCAUGAAGUUACCGACCGACCAAACAGUCGACAAAUACACCCGAACCACCCCAAUCACCGCACCCCGCCUCACCCUAACCAACCUCCCGAACCACGACUUCACCCCCUCCACCGACGGCAUGCCCAUGAUCGACUUCAUCAACACCCGCGGGCCCCACGUCAAGGAAGCCGUCUCGGGCCUAAUCUCCGGUGGGGCCGGGCAAAUGGGCUACCGUGUCGCGGGCCUCGUCCUCGACAUGUUCUGCACCGUCUUCAUUGAUAUUGGAGAUGAGCUCGGCCUCCCCUCUUACGUCUUCUUCACGUCGGGCGCUUCCGCACUCGGCCUCAUGAACUACCUUGUUUCGCUGAAAUUCGAGAAAGGCGAGGACCUCACCCGGUACAAGGACCCAAGCCCUGACCUGCCCGUCCCCUGCUUUUCGAGCCCUGUUCCGGCCAAAGUGCUGCCCGGGGUAUUCGUCUCGGGCGGCCCAGUUUCCUCGAAUUUCCUCGGCUACUUCAGGAGAGUGGCCGACACGAGGGGGGUCAUGGUCAACACAUUCGAAGAGCUCGAGCCCUUCGCCCUCGUGUCCCUAAAAAACGACGGGAGGAUGCCGAGGGUUUACCCGGUGGGCCCGGUGCUGAGCGCCGAGAAUCAAACCCUAGAUGGCGAGUUGAAGGAGUGGCUCGACGGGCAGCCGGACGGGUCGGUGGUUUUCCUCUGCUUCGGGACGAUGGGGAGCUUCGACCGGGCCCAGGUGGCAGAGAUUGCGGCGGGCUUGGAACGUAGCGGGGCCCGAUUCUUGUGGUCAUUGAGGAAGCCCGGCGGCCCGAGAAAGCCCGGCGGGGCUUUCGUGCCCCCAACCGAGUACGAGGAUUUCGGGGAGGUCCUUCCGGAAGGGUUCUUGGAGCGGACUUCAGGUGUCGGGAGGGUGGUCGGCUGGGCCCCACAAGUGGCAGUGCUGGCCCACGAGGCGGUCGGGGGUUUCGUUUCGCACUGCGGUUGGAACUCGACGCUCGAGAGCGUGUGGCACGGCGUGCCCGUGGCCACAUUCCCGUUGUACGCGGAGCAGCAGAUGAACGCGUUUUUGCUGGUGAGGGAGCUGGGGAUGGCGGAGCCGAUUAGGAUAGAUUAUCGGAAGGAUUUUGUUUCCGGGGAGGACGAGAUUGUGGGGGCGGAGGAGAUAGAGGCGGCUGUAAGGCAGCUGAUGGCGGCCAACUGCGGUGGGGUUAGGGAGAAAGUGAAGGAGAUGCAGGGGAAAAGCAGGGCGGCUCUAGAGGAAGGUGAUUUGGUGGGCCCCACGGGUGGCGGUGCUGGCCCACCGGGCAGUCAGGGGGUUUGUUUCGCACUGCGGGUGGAACUCUACGCUCGAGAGCGUGGGGUGCCGAUGGCUGCGUGGUCGUUGGCUGCCGAGCAGCAGGCGAACGCGCUUCAGCUGGCGACGGAGCAUGGAUUGCAGUCGAGAUUAAGAUGGAUUACAGGUGAGAUUGCGGCGUGCCGGUGCCCGCCCAGAGGAUAG